AUGACGACGGGACUGUCGCCUUCGGUCCACGCCGACUCAGUCCUCGAUCUGGAGAAAGAGACUGAGUCCCUUCAUCAACAGCCAAAUCGAAUUCACCACCUUUCGGCAUCAUCUUUUACGUUCGUCCGGAACACCCAUGGUACAUUCAAUCUUCGUCAUCCGCAGCGCGUUCGCAGCAUCCCGCCUCUCGCCAUUGGAUUCCUGGACAUAGCCAACUCGGGCGACUUCGCUGCGAAUGUCUUCAACCAUGUCCCAGUCCCCAUCUAUGCAAUCGUCCUCAUGGCCAUCGGAGCUACAGUCGCUCUCGUCAUGUCUUCCGUCGCUCUUCGUGACAUCACGCGCAGUUGGAAGAAUAUCAGGCUUCUGAGAGAGGAGAAAGUAUGCCUCAAAAGUAUGGACAGCGACAAGUCAGUCGAGCUGGAGAUCUCUCACCGGGAUUUGUGGACCGAGAUCUUUGACCGUGCCGGUGUUGACAUGGCCAUGGGCAUUGGAGCAUUUCUCAUCGCUGUCGGCACCUACAUGGCUAUUGGAGGUGCGAAUCACAAGGUCUGGUUUGCAAGCAACUUACUCUCUGGCUAUGUCGGUAAUGCUUUGCCUGCUCUGUACGGUCUCUGCAAUGUGGGUUGGUCUGUCCACGUUUGGUCACGAGCACGCAAACAACAAUCCGCUGCCACUAUACACCUUCAUGAUGAUCUCGUAAAGCAACUCUUGCUGAACCGUAUCCGGAAAACUCAAGCGCAUGCCGGUCUCACUGCGAUCGUCUGCCUUGUCUCCGGUGCUCUGUCCAUGGUUACCCCAACCCACUGGUGGCCGUAUCCUGUUCUCCUUGUUUGUGGCCUGGCAUUCAUCUACAGCACUUGGGUGUACAGAAACCAGAUUGGUUACGAACGCUCAACGCUGCAUGGCGACAAUGUUCUGGACGAGAGUCAUCUGAUUGCAGAGAUUCGCUUUCUUCACUCCGUCAAGACAGCGUUGCAGAGUGGUUCCGAUGCCUGGCUGACCCUCCAACUGGCAGAUAUGUCGACCUCUGACUUACUCGAUUUCGUUGUCAGAUGCGAUCUCUUCGAGGGAUUCUGCUGCGCUCUGCUACAAGACUCGUGCUUGGUCAAUCGAUGCUUCCAUAACUUGUCGACGCCAACCUUCAUGAUCGGCAAGCACGCUCUGUUGAACCUGGACAAGCCAGAACAGAUUGGAGAGAUACACAGCUUCGCAAGAUCUCACAUCGAAAAGUAUGCGCUACAGACUGUCAGCAUACAUGAACGCUUCCUUCUGGAGUGUCUAGGCGCUUGCUUACUGCACCGGAAGGGGGAGGACAAAGAUGGAUGA